AUGGAUAAAAUGCGUAAUGCAACUCACGCUGGAUCUUGGUAUAUCGAGAAUCCCACUUUACUUGAGAAGCAAUUUGUAGGCUUGUCAGAGACAUCUGAUUCCGUAAUUGAUGGAAAGCGAUUUAUUAUUUCACCACAUGCGGGUUACAUGUAUAGUGGCAAGAUAGCGAAUCAAGCAUUCCAGAGGAUUGAUUUCUCAAACAAGGAACGAGUUUUCGUUUUGGGACCUUCACACCACGUCUUUACUCGAAAGUGUCUGGUAACGCAAGCCGAGGCGUGCGAAACACCCUUUGGAAACCUUACAGUUGAUCAAGAAGUAUGUCAGGACAUCAUGGAACAAAACGACAAUUGUUUCAAUGAAAUGAGUCUAGAAGCCGAUGAACAGGAACAUAGCAUCGAAAUGCAAUUUCCAUUAUUAGCUUACCAUUUGAGGAAACAAGGUUGUCUCGAUAAAGUAAAAAUUGUUCCCAUCAUGAUUGGUGCUCUGAGCUCAGAAGCUAUUCAAACAGCAGCAAAUAUCCUUUGCAAUUACAUUGUGGAUGAAAAUAAUGCUUUUAUUGUUUCUUCUGACUUCUGCCACUGGGGACGUAGAUUCGGCUAUACCAUGUACUUAAACGAAAAAAAUGAAUUGGAGGAUGCGAUUAUUGGCUUUCGAAGAAAAGGAUCAAUCGAAAAUCCAAAAAUAUAUGAGUCUAUUUCCACGAUUGACCAUAUGGGUAUGGAUAUUAUUUCAAUGAAAUCAAGUCAUGAUUUUUCCGAGUAUAUUCGAUUGACUCACAAUACAAUAUGUGGACGUUAUCCUAUUCAAUUGAUUUUGAAGUCAAUGGAACUAGCUCAAGUUGCCAACCAGUUUGAGUUUAUUGCUUAUUCCCAAAGCAAUCAUGCUAUUAGUGUGUCCGAUAGUAGCGUGAGUUAUGCUGCUGCCGUUGCAUAA